AUGAGCUACUUUCUUCGACCAAAGAAGCGGGCUGAUCCCGAACCCGCGAAACACGCCUUGAACACAGGCGCUGUCCAGAAGAAAUUGCAGAAAAAACGCGUCCAUUUUGCGCAGUCGGACGAUGCGCCCGUGAAAGAGCGCCCAGAACAGUCCGACGAGACUGUCUGUGAGGAUCCUCCGGUCGCACGCGCGUGCCCGAUCGAGGCAAACCCGAGCGAGGCAAAUGCCGAUUUCACCAGAACUUUGCCGACCAACCCACACCUCAAUACCAUGAAGCCGAUCGGCGAGUACCCGUCUUUGGCGGAGUACAAGAGCGCUGGAUUGAGGCCGCCACCAAAGGGCAUGCUCAAGCGAUCUAAGCUGGGCAUACGGACUGAGGAGGAUGACGAAGAACUCAUGACCAUCGACACCCCUAUCACGCCGAUCGCCGAGGAUAUGAUGGACCUGGAUAUACCCUGUGUGGAUGCAAGCAGUGAUAAAUUCACUGAUGGAGGGAAUCGGGCUUCACUACAAACCUCGGUGGAAGACGGCGUGGCAGUGAAUGAACUAGGUGUCAAACUGAGCGAGAAAGCCAGUGAAGUCGAAGCAGUGAAUGGAGACGAGGCUUUUAAAAACAACCUCGUAACCCCCAUCUCUGAAUCUUUUGAUUCUCUUUUCAUCCCUCCUUCUUUCAACCAACCUUCACUUUCUCCUCUCGAAACUCCUGUCGGCACCCCAGCUGAUGAACUCAUGAGCGACCCCAUCUUGGCUGCGUCUGACACUCAUAUCACCGCAUCCACUGACACACCUCUCAACCAAGCUCCUCAGUCGCCUCCCUCCACAUCAGUAGCUGCCGCAGCAAUGGCCCGAAAGACUAAGGCUACUCCUGCCACUGCGCGUGACUACAUCUCUCUACUGAACUACCUUCCCAUGCCGGUCUCAGAGACCUUCGAUGUUCCCCAGCUAAAAAAAAUCUUGGAAAGAGCCUUCACUGCGUGCAUGAAAAACAAGGAUGAUGAAGUCGCCUUGAGUCUAGUUUAUUUCUGGUCUCAGCUCAAUAACGAUGAGUUCAAGCUGUCCCUGCUUCGCAACCUGGGCCAGCCAGACAGCGACCACAACCUUCAACUUGCACUCCGCACGAUGAUUCGCACUUCGUCGGAAGAAGCCGCUGCGUGGUAUGACAAAUUCAUACUCAAUCACGCCAAAGCGCCACUUCUUGAUGACUACGAUGAUUCCGAUAGUGAGACGACCCUGUCUUCAGCGCGAUCCAUGGCUACUGCAUCUGGCAAGCCUUUCAAGAUGUCCGAAGUUUAUCGAGAUGUCUCCGGUCCAAAGCUCAUUGAAGCCUUCGCAACUGGUAAAACCAACACAGCUCCCAUCAAACGUGCCAAGAAGCCAUGUCCGGCCAACGAAAGUCCGUUCAAGCGUCGCCGUGAAUGGGAAGCUGAUCCAACCAUGGAAGAGAAAGUGCGAUCCAAACGCGCUCGUUUCGCCAAAGACGUCCAUCAUGAGAAAGAUACUACGGUCGCCACCAGCUCCGUCCGCCCUCAACUUGAGGAAGUCGAAAUCCCGCAACCUGACAUCGUUGAAGGCGGAGAAGCUCCAAAGUCGCCUGAGCCACCGGCUCUUUCCACCCGCGCGGCGCGUGCUAAUCAACGCCAGAAUGGAAAAGGCCAAGCAGAAAAGAAACCUGCGCCCCCAAAACCCAAACGCGUUUCCAAAGAAGCCAGCAUGGAGAACCGAGCCAGAGGCAGUGUUUACCACCGUGCCUACGAGUCUACGGCCCGCGCUGCAGCUCCUGCAGGCGUUCAACUUACUAUUGAAGAGGAUGAGGAGUUAUCAAACUCAAUUUAUUCCAACCGUACCAACGAAUGGGAGUUCGAUUGGAAUUUUCGACACCGACCACGAUCGAUGGAAAGAGUUGAUGACAAUGUUGAUAACUGCGUUGUCUGCGACGGUGAGGGCGAGCUACUGUGCUGCGACGGUUGUGACAAUGCCUUCCACUUUAACUGCUUGUCCGAGAUCGACGUUGUGCACAAGGAUGAAGAGGAAUGGUUCUGUCCAUCAUGCGAUUCUUCGCACUCCUUCACCUUCUCCAUCAUCGAUGGUAACUACUUGCAUAAAACCGAGUUCUCUCCGCCCAAGGAAAUCCGAGAAUUUUUCAUCGGUGUCGAGGAGCACGUAUUCUUUGAUCCUGCUCAACCACUUCGCGCGACAAACAAUCGCCGCUACUCCGACGUUCCCCACAUUCCGCGUCUGACUAAGCAACCCAAGAACGCCGUAACGCCAUUGUACAAUGAUGAAAAUCUAACCAAGCUGACUGAGAACAAGCAUGUGGUACUUUGUACCAAGUGUAGUCGGUGUUCGGAUGGUGUACGCCCUAUCAUCAAGUGUGACUACUGCCCUUGCCGCUUUCACUUGGACUGCUUGGAUCCUCCCCUUGCCCAUCCUCCCAACCCCGUGAAAGGCUGGAUGUGCCCAAACCACGUUACUCCGGAAGACAUGAUUGCCACCAAAGUCGUCGACGGCCAAGUGCGAGAGCGCCGCAUUCGCCGUCCUAAGAAUGUUGCUCUUAUGGACCUGGAUGUUAUCCCUGUCCCUGAUGACGAAUCCGUCUUUGACGAUGAGUGGCGCGAGCGUCGCUUCCGUGCCCCAGCCGGUGACGUGGUUAUGGACUUCGUGAGCGCCGUCAAAGACGACUCGAAGCAUGUUAAUGAAGCAGUCCUCCAGCGUAUGAAGAAGGCCAUGCUGAAUAUCACCACGCUUGCAGUUGAAGACCUCGUAAACCGACGGGGUGCUGUUAUCUCUGAUGCCUGGAUGGAUGAAUUCCGAUCUCUUUGUGACUCUGAGCUUCGUCGUGUUCGAACUGGCUGGCUUCGUGAUGAAGAAGCCGAUGCUGCCGACUCUCUCCUUGCUCUGUCUGGUCGCGGCCGUCGCUUCCCGGGCCUUCCUCAACCCUCCUCUUCAAAGCCUGAUGAGGUCCCCUCCUCGCAGACUACUGCUGCCACUAGCCCUGACGCUGAUGAGGCUAUGCCUGACAACUAA